AUGACGAGUGCCAUUGCUUUGCCAGAGUUACCAGAUGUGAACGAUGAAGGUGCUAUGAAGGUAGUCAACUUUUCCGAGCAGGCCAAUUGGGUAGUGCCAGGAUUUGUCAUGGCAGGAAAGAGUCCAGCAAGAGAGAAAGAUGUGAAGGGAUAUGUAGAGAAUCUUGUCCAAACGGGCAAGGUGACUACGUACGUUUGUCUCCAGUCCGAAGUCAUCCCGCAGUCUGAAGAUACAGCGGAUAUGGGUGGUAUACAGGUUGGGAAUGAAGUGAAGAAACUACCUUCGUAUGCACCCAUGGCGAAGGCUGUCAAUCCUGACGCAAAGUUCGUUUACUUUGGCAUGAGAGAUGACGAGGCUGCUCCCUCCGAAGAAAGUCUGACUCUGCUUAUUGAAGAGCUAGCCGAUAGAGUGAAGAACAAGGGCGAAGUGGUAUAUAUUCAUUGCAAGGGAGGGUCCGGAAGAACUGGAAUUGUAGCUGGUUGUUUACUCGGGUAUCUGUAUCCAACCAUAGAUGCCGAUGAGGUUUUGACCCGUAUCCAACGAUCCUUUGAGUGGCGCGUAAAAGGAGUGAAAAAGUGGGUCAAUCCUAAAUCAAAGUCACCAGCUACCGAUGAACAAAAAGAGCAAGUUAAGAGAAUCCUUGCCAACCGCAAAAUUAAAGUUGACAAAUUAACAAGUGCCUACAAGGAUGACAAUGUUGACCAAAGUGCAGACGUUUGCAAUCCAAGCAAUUGUUCAAUAAUGUAA